AUGGCCUCCUCAUCGAAGCCUCCCACCCCGUUACUAUACGCCUGCAUCGCGCAUAGAUCGACUAUCCUCGCCGAACACUCAUCUCCAGGCACCUCCUCCACCUCAGCCUCCUCACUUGCCUCCAUAAUCCUGCCGAAAAUCUCCCACCAAGCCCCGCAGAAACUAACAUACACCCACGAUCGCCUCUUUGUCCACUACAUCGCCGACUCCCCCUCUGCGACCUCCCAAAAUGGCGAGCUCACCUCCCACGCUCCGCUCACUUACCUAGUCGUCGCCACCGUAGAGAUAGGUCGCCGCAUCCCCUUCGCAUUCCUGUUGGAGAUCAAAAGAAAAUUCCUCGCAGCCUACAACCCACACAGCACCGACUUCGCCGCAUUAUCCGCCUACGGCUGCGCAGCGUUUAACACGGAUCUCCGUGCCCUGCUGCAAACCUACAAUACAGCGCCACCAGCCGACUCCCUAGCGUCAGCGCGCAAGGAAAUCGAUAGCGUGCGCGAUAUUAUGACGGAGAAUAUCGAGCGGGUGUUGGAACGCGGGGAGCGGAUUGAUUUGUUAGUUGACAAGACGGAUCGACUGGGUACUACCGCGCGGGAUUUCCGUGUGCGGAGCCGUGGGCUGAGACGGCAGAUGUGGUGGAAGAAUGUGAAGGUGAUGGUCCUGCUGGCCGUUGUGGUUGUGUUCCUUAUAUAUCUGUUUGUUGGGAUGGCGUGUGGUUUGCCGGCGUGGGGGAAAUGUGUUGGCCAUUAG